AUGUCUGCGAAAAAGUACCAGGUUGUGCUAGCGCGGCACUGCAUCCAUGAAGACUGGGGCUUCGUUUCUGAGGAAAGAGGUCGAGGACGCAUAGUAACUAGCGUGGUCAAGGACGGUCCAGCCGACAGGAGCGGUCUCAAACAAGGUUCGGCCAUUCUACAGUGGUCCAGGUGGCGCAUCGACUGGGGAAAGUCCGUCAGUAAAAACCCUGACGAGGUGUCCCACACUUUAACUACAGUCCAGAAGUGCGAACACGAAGGAAGGAACCAGGUGCUUCGAAACAUGUACCCCGAGCUUCGUAGUGAUUGUAGUUGCUUGCGCCUUGGUAUUCUCGACUGGUAUGUGAGUACAAAGAUCCUCUUGUAUAACCACAUGCGCUCGAUGAUUCCUGCGCUGGGUGAAUGCACGCACGAGGAAAUCCUUGCCGACAUCCACAACAGCGAUGACGACGACAAAACUACAUCGCACAAGCGCAAGCGAGUGUAG